AUGCAACUCACCACCGCUCUCUCCAUCCUGGCCAUCGCCACCACCGCCUUUGCUUCCCCCGCCCCUCAGGGCAGCUCCUCUGCGGAAGCCCAGGCAGCGCAGGUGGCCAAUUCCGAGUCCGGCUCUUCUACCAGCGAGGGCACCGUGCCACAGUCCAGCUGCAUCCCCCCGGUGCUGUGCUGCGGCUCCCUGACCACCCCCCUGGACCCCCUCCUCGACCCCAUCCUCUCGGACCUGGACAUCGACGCUUCCAGCAUCGUCGGCUCUGUCGGCCUGGCCUGCAAGACCUACGACACCAGCUGCACGUCCGCGCCUCAGUGCUGCUCUGAGGUCAACCUCCUGAACGGCCUCCUGGCCCUGGGCUGCUCUGCCAUGGAGCAGUAG